AUGUCUUCACCCUUUUUAGGGCACAAGACAACGAGAUGUACGUUGCCAGGACGCAGGCCGUGGCUGACCAGAGGAAGGCCAAAGCCAAAGCACAGGCUUUCGAGCAAAAAAAGCAGCCUGCAUACCACCAGGUGGGAGCGUUGCGGUUGA